AUGUAUUGUUUCUACCCUGGUCCUCUGAGCUGGUGGGAUGCUGAGCUGAAAUGUCAGGAACAUGGCGCAUACUUGGCUGCCAUUGAAACCGAAGAAGAACAACAUGCUUUACAAAGCUACUUGCGCAGACAUGGCACUGGUGACAUGAACAUUGGCCUCAGGCGAGAUGAGGACACCGGCAUCUAUCAUUGGAGCGGAUUAUCCGAUACAGUGACAUACUUCUCUUGGGCAGGAGUCAAUCCCGGCGAGCGUGAUGGUGAAUCCUGUGUGAUGUUGAGCAAUUACUGGCACAAUGACUAUAACUGGGCCGAUUGGUAUUGCUCUGUUUUUGCCUGGGGACAGAAUAAUUGUGGCCAGGUUGGGUCUGGCUCAACCACAAAUCAACCUGCCCCCCGUAAAGUAACAGCCUGUCUGGGAGGGAAGAAGGCUGUCAGAAUAGCCUGUGGGCAGACUUCAUCCAUGUGUGUUUUGGAGAAUGGAGAUGUAUAUGGCUGGGGAUACAAUGGAAAUGGUCAGUUAGAAUUAGGAAAUAAUGUCAACCAGCCAAAUCCAGUCAAAGUGCAGGGCCUCACUGGUGUAUUUAUCAUAUCUGUUGUAUGUGGUUAUGCCCAUACUAUGGCUCUAUCAGAUGAGGGAACACUAUAUGCCUGGGGCACAAAUGCUUAUGGUCAGCUUGGCACUGGAAACAAGGCCAAUCAAGUGGCACCUGUUACUAUAGCAACUGAAAAAGAAAGAUUUGUUGAAGUAGGUGCUUCACACUAUAACCAUAUAUCAUGUGGGAUUACACAAAAGGGGAAGGUUUAUAUGUGGGGUCAAUGUCGGGGUCAAUCCAUCUCAUUACCCAUGGCGACACCUUUUCACAGUCUCCAUGACGUCUUUGCAGCUUUUGGAUCACCAGCCGUCACUUGGACUCCAUUGAAAAUAGAUCACAUUGAAGGUUGCAAAACAUUGGAAAGUCUGAAGAAAGCAUUUGAUGACCCAUCCCAUUGGGGAGAGGAUUGUAAAGACACCAUUGAGAUCACCCAGUUUUCCUAUGUAGUAUACAGGGCAUUCUUGCAGUACUUAUACACUGACAAAGUAAACCUCUCUCCUGAAGAUGCCAUAGGUCUCCUAGAUCUGGCCAACUCAUACUGUGAGGUUGAACUUAAACACCAAUGUGAGAAGAUCAUAAAACAAGGCAUCAGUGUAGAAAAUGCUGCAAUGUUGUAUGCUGCUGCAGUGAAAUAUGAGGCAGAGAGUCUUCAAGAAUUCUGCUUCAAGUUCUCACUUAACCACAUGACUGCAAUAACACAGACUGAGGCUUUCUGCAAACUGGAUGAAAUAACAGUGAAAGACUUUAUCACAAAGGCUGCGCAGGCAGGAGCCUUUAAAUAUUAG